AUGGCAUCUAAACCAUCGAAAAUCAUCAAUUUUAUUAAAAAAAAAAGAGCCUCUUUUACAAAAAGUAAUGAUGAUGGUGGCUCUCACGUUAUUGCCCAAUCAAAUGGCACGGGUUGGAAAGGAGGAUUAUGCAAACCUGCGCCACAUCAUAUCUCUGAUAAAAUUCACCAUAAGGAAUUAAAAAAGAUCGUCAAACGUUUGGAGAAUAUUUGGGAGAAAAAUCAUGAAGAACCGGAUUGGCUUGAAAAGUGUGCAAAUGCUAUAACCCAUGAUUUAACAGAUGCGUUUAAAUCGACAAAAAAAUUGGAAGAAUGUGGAAAGGAUGUAGCUAACAUUAUUUCUGCGAUUGUACAUGGAACUUGGUCGAAGGAUAUGCAUUCGAAGGCUGUCAGGGAUAUUAAUACCAAUUUAUCAUUGUUUAUUUCAGACUUUUUUGAUACAUUACAUGGUUGGUCUAGAGAAAAUGCUUUUAGUCUGGAUAAACGUUGUCAUCGAAUUGGAUCUAAGAUUGACAAUUUAGAGGACCAAAGUAGUCCUUAUCCACCGCAAUAUCCUUGGGGACCAGAGCCUGCAUUAAAAGGAAAAUAUGCGAAAAUUUAUUGGUUUAUCAAAGAUCUUUCAAUGAAACAUUCAUUAACGAUUGAUCCAAAAAACAAAGUGCUAUCCUGUGUUGAAAAUUGUGAUGCAUUAAGUGGAGAAAUCUAUCGUUAUUUUGCAUUUCUUGAUCCUCAUAAACGUGCACUUACAGUAAAAGAAGAUGGCACGAUUGACAUGGAAAUUUAUGAUUUUACAAAUCCUGCUCAACUUUGGAGAAUUGAAAACUAUGGAAAAUACUAUGCAUUAUAUAACAAGCGAUGUAAAAAAUAUUUUUCUAUUCAGUCAAAUGACAAAUUGACAACGGAUAAUAAACCCGAUAAUAAUUGGUCAUCAACAGCUGUGCUUCUUAUCGAAAAAAAAGAAACAAAUACAUAUUCUAUUGGAUAUACGAGAAAUAAUAAAGAUAUUAAACUCCCCGAAGAAGUAAGAGACCUUAGACUUGUUACUAUUCCAUUAAUCACAUGGAGAAAUACUGAGAACAACCAGUUUGCGGGAGUAAUCGAUUCUAAUGGUACCAUAGGGUUCUCAGAUGGUGAAUAUUUCGAAAAGAUAGAACGUUUUUUACCAAGACCCGAUCAACUUUUUUUGUUCGUUCCUCACCCAGAUUUUAAAGAAAAGGCUACAGUUGUAGCACACAAUGGCAAAUAUAUGCGGUUUGCCCCAACGACUGAAGGGCCAACUAUACGUGCUGAUAAUGAUUUGAAAGAGACGAAAAAUUUGGCAUUUUCUUUGUUCAACUACGAACAAAACGUCUGGCCACGGCAAGUACAUUCAUCAGUAUCAGUACAUUAUUUAGCAUCGCGACUUUCACAAGCUCUAAUUCAUCUCACCGGAGGACCUGGAAAAUUUGUUUGUUUAAAUAUCUGGAAGGCAGAUCCGUCCGUUAAGAAUAUUGGUAUAAGAAAGCUCUGCCUACCUAACAAUGAUAUUACCGUCGGACCAUCCGAUUCAUGGUUUGACGUUAAAGCUAACUGUUCUCCGGUUUAUCCGGAUCAUGAUGGUAAUUUUUUGCUUGAAUUUGAUGAGAAAGAGGAAUCAUCUGUCCCAGAAUCUGAGUCUCGCACAAAAUUUGAUGUCGUUCACUGCUUUGGUGUUUGUCGAUAUGUAUGCAUUAUAAAUUAUUUAUCAAAUUACGGAUAUGCUCAAUCAUUGCAAUUAAUUGAAGUGGCUAUUGUGAUUAAUUCAUACGUUCCCACCGUAUUCAAUCUAUUAUUGAGUGAUCUGGAAUAUCUCGAUGGUAAACCACCACAAGUGGACAAACCAUGGGGCGAAAGAAAGUUAACGAUCAUUCCUCAUGCGGGAGAAGAAGCCAAUGCUUAUUAUGAUCGUGAAGAUGCAGCACUUAAAUUUUUCUACAUUGUUCAGGAUAAUAAACCUUUAUAUCUUUGUCGUUCACUCGAUAUUGUUUCUCAUGAAACCGGACACGCAUUUCUGGACAUUCUUCAAAAUGAUUGGUUAGUAGAUGGACAAACUGGUGCACUUCAUGAGGCUUUCGGAGAUUUAACUACAAUGUUUACGAUUCUUUCUAUGAAAGACAUGGUUGACCUUUUAAUCGAAUGUACAAAAUCAGACCUUCGAUCAGCGGACAAUUUUGUGGCUGCUGUAGGUGAAGAAUUUGGCGAUUUAGUAUAUAAAAAUAAAGGCAAGGGUAUAAGAAAUUUAUCAAACAAGUAUAGAGGGUCCAGUGUCGGAAAUGAAACACACAUAUUAUCUUUGCUUUUUAGUGGAUUCGUUUAUGACGUAUUGGUCGAUAUAUUUGAAUUAGAAAAGACAAGUGACAGAAGUGACUCUGACACGCUUUUUGAGGUUGCACAAAAUUUGCGACGAGCAUUAAUAAUUGCGGUUCGAGUUAGUUCGCAUCAACCAUCCGAAAACAAAUUUCAAGAAAUUGCAACGAAUUUAGAAACCUCAAUUAAUACUUUGGGUAGAAGACUAGGUGUUGAUCUGAAGGGGUGGCAGGAGAUUGUUAGAGAUAAUUCUUUGAAAAGGGAGUUGUCUGUUGCCGGGCAUGUUUAA